CUUUUUUUUUUUUCUAUAUAUAAUUUUACACGUCAUGAGUCUUUGGGCUGAUAAACAUCGACCUCGUCAUCUUAGUAACUUGGAUUAUCAUGAAGAUUUAUCUACACAUUUAAUGAAUUUGGCCAAUUCUGAAGAUUUUCCACAUUUAUUAUUUUAUGGACCUUCGGGUGCUGGUAAAAAGACUCGGAUCGCAGGAUUAUUGAAAGAAAUCUAUGGUGACAAUGUUGAAAAAAUUAAGAUUGACGAACGACCAUUUGUGACGAGCUCUCAAAAAAAAAUUGUAUAUACAGUAGUAAGCAGCAAUUAUCAUAUGGAAUUACAACCAAGUGAAUUAGGAAACAACGAUCGAGUUAUUGUACAAGAAGUGAUUAAAGAUGCAGCACAAAAUCAACAAGUAUUCGCUGGAGCCAAACAUUCCUUUAAAGUGGUGGUGAUUGAUCAAGCUGACUCACUUACACGGGAUGCCCAAGCUGCUCUUCGUCGAACUAUGGAAAAAUAUACUGCUAAUAUGCGCCUGAUAUUAUGUUGCAACAACUUGAACAAAAUUAUUUCCCCUGUUCGAUCACGAUGUCUAUUGAUUCGUGUAGCAAGACCAAGUUUGGAUGAUACUGCACGUGUUUUACAAAUGGUGGCCAAAAAAGAAAAUGUCUUAUUACCAACCUCUUUGGCUAAAAGUAUAGGCAAUCAAGUUCAUUGUGAUUUACGUGCUGCUCUUCUCUCCUUUGAAAGUACAGCUGUACGACAUGAUGAUUUGACUCAAAUACAGAGAGCCGAAAAGUUGGAUUGGGAAAUGGUGAUUGCUGGAAUUGCAAAGGAUAUAUUGGAAGAUCAAUCACCAGCAAAAUUACUUGUUAUUAGAAAGAAACUAUAUGAAUUAUUGACCCAUUGUAUUCCAUCAUCAUUGAUUCUCAAGACAUUAUCUUUGGAAUUAUUUGAUGAAAUUCAAGAAGAUCAAAUCAGACGUCAAAUCAUGGAUCAAGCAGCUAUUCACGAAUACCGAUUACGGAUGGGACGAAAAGAAAUAUUUCAUUUGGAAUCAUUUACUGUUACAAUCAUGAGCAUUUACAAAAGAUAUCGUAACAAUCUCUAGUGAUAAUAGUCUAGUUUUAGAAAGUUUUAUUUUUCUAUAUAAAUUACAUUUAUUACUAUUAUUAUUUUUUAUAUUGUUACGUGAUAUUGCAUAAAUGACGUGUGGGAAAUGUUUUUGGCGAUGGAUAAGAGUCAUGUGGUCAUAAUCGAACGUAUAUUCAGAAUAGAUCUGCUUUCACUUGAAUACUGCGGUUAUACGGUAGAGACGGAAUGAG